CGCUCCCACCCUCGGCUCCGCCCACCCCUCUGGCUCCGCUCUGUGGGCGGAGCCAAAAGGGUGGGCGGAGCCAAGGGUAGGCGGGGCCAGUAGCAGUGCUGGAAUGCGGCGACGCGGGCGGCGGCGGCUCAGGUGCUGAUCCCCGGCAACUCCCCGGCGUCCUCCUCCGCUCGCAGGCUCGGGGCGGCUUCGGCCCUGCCAGGGCCCCGCAGCCAUGUCCACCUUCCGGCAGGAGAGCGUGGAGGACUUCUACGAGAUGGGGGAAGAGCUGGGCAGCGGCCAGUUUGCUAUUGUACGAAAAUGCCGGGAGAGGAAAACGGGUCUGGAAUACGCGGCUAAAUUUAUCAAGAAGCGCCGGCUGUCGUCCAGCCGCCGGGGCGUGAGCCGGGAGGAGAUCGAGAGGGAGGUGGACAUCCUGCGGGAGAUCCAGCACCCCAACAUCAUCACGCUGCACGACAUCUUCGAAAACAAGACGGACGUGGUGCUGAUCCUGGAGCUGGUCUCGGGCGGUGAGCUCUUUGAUUUUCUGGCUGAGAAGGAGUCGCUGACGGAGGAGGAAGCCACCCAGUUCCUCAAGCAGAUCCUGGACGGGGUGCACUACCUGCACUCCAAGCGCAUCGCCCACUUUGACCUGAAGCCCGAGAACAUCAUGCUGCUGGACAAGAACGUGCCAAACCCUCGCAUCAAACUCAUCGACUUCGGGAUCGCCCACAAGAUUGAAGCUGGGAAUGAAUUCAAGAAUAUAUUUGGGACCCCAGAGUUUGUAGCCCCAGAAAUUGUCAACUAUGAACCCCUGGGGCUGGAGGCUGACAUGUGGAGCAUCGGGGUCAUCACAUACAUUCUGCUGAGCGGAGCGUCCCCUUUCCUGGGUGAAACGAAGCAGGAGACCCUGACCAACAUAUCGGCUGUCAACUACGACUUCGACGAGGAGUAUUUCAGCAACACCAGCGAGCUGGCCAAGGACUUCAUCCGCCGCCUGCUCGUCAAGGACCCCAAGAAGCGGAUGACCAUCGCGCAAAGCCUGGAACACCCUUGGAUUAAGGUGAUCAAGAGAAGGAACGUCCGCAAUGAAGACAACUGCAAGAAGCCCGAGCGCCGCCGGCUGAAGACCACACGCCUGAAGGAGUACACCAUCAAAUCCCACUCCAGCAUGCCGCCCAACAACACGUACAUCAACUUUGAGCGCUUCUCCAAGGUCAUGGAGGAGGUGGCUGCAGCCGAGGAGAGCCUCCGAGAGCUGGAGAGGAACAAGAAGUCCUUCCAGGAGGACAUCGAGGCCCUGCUGUCCAUCUAUGAGGAGAAGGAGUCGUGGUACAAAGAGGAGAAUGAGAGCAUCAGCCAGGACCUCCGCCAGAUCCGGCAGGAGCUGCAGAAGACGGAGGCCCUGAAGAAGCAAGCGCAGGAGGAGACCAAGAGCGUGGUGCAGGUGGCCAACGGCCUCAAGAGGCGUUACCGAAAGCUGGAGAACCGCUACGAGGCUUUGGCCAAGCAGGUGGCUUCGGAGAUGAAGUUUGUCCAGGAGCUGGUGUGGUCCAUCGAGCGGGAGAAGCUGCAGAGUGGUGAGGGGGAUGGCAGCAUCCGCUAGUGGGGACGGUGCCGGCGUCGGCUGCUUUGGCACCGAACUUGGCUCGUCCUUCGCGGAUCCCAAGUGCCGAAGGAACCUCAGUGGCUCAGCCCCUUGCUCACCAGAGGAGCUGCUCCACUGACAGCCUUCGGUCGCUGUCCCCAGGCUCUGCUGGGCUUGCGGUGGCGUGUCGGGGGGGUGAGCCCCCCUGAAGACCCCCACUCGGGGGGCUGGCAUAGCGCUCGCCUGGGUUUUGGCUUCCUGCGUGCGGCUCUUGCUUGGCUUGUCGUCCGCGUGCUCCCCCCAGCUGCUCCUCCCCUGCUCCACCUGGUCCUUGGGGACCAGUCACCCCCUCCCUGUCCCACCCAAUGCUUGGAGCUGCCGCAGCCCCUGUCUGGGGGGGUCCUGGUGGGGAGACCCCUCCUCAAAACCCUGGCAGCAGCUCAGCCUCUGCCACGUGUGAGCCGUGACCGAGGACCAAUUCCUGUGUGGCCCAAGGUGCCGCAGCCCCAUGGGUGACCCCGGUUGUCCCCUGCUCCCCCCGGGGCAUCGCACCCCCCUCUCCUCCCGCCCCAGCCCUUGGUCCCACCGGGCGCUCCCCCCUUUUAACAAAAUAAAGGUUUCCGUGCAGCGGG